UGGCUUCCUCUCUAGAUACAAGCAAACAUCAACAACAAAUGAUAUCAAGCAGAUAAUUAAUACCAGCCACUCGACAUGUCAUCUACCCAGGCAGCCGCAGAUCAAGUACCAUCGACCAGUAAACUGGAUGGCCCACCACCACCCUCCUCGUCCUUCGGAAUCAUCAAAAGAGAAAACACCUUCCGAUACCCCUCAACCCAGGGCUCACAGAACUUGGCGAUUCAUGAACUCAUCGCACCCCAUAUCACCAGCUUCAACGCCCUCUUCGAUGGGCCAGAUGGAUCCCCCGGACUACUUGGUCUGGCGAUUGCCGACCUCCCUUCGAAAGUGGUGUUUGAUUCUGAGAAACAAGCCGGAGACCCUCGAGAUUCCAGGAACCGGUUGGAGUUCAAAAUUACUGAAGUGAUGGUCUCGAACCCGUUGGCGAUGGAGAAAGGACAAGGUGCACUUCGGGAUAGGACUUACCCAACUGAGGCACGUGAAAGACUUGUGACUUAUGCUGGAAAGAUAUCUGCCAAAGUAACCUGGUCACUCAAUAAUGGCCCCCCUCAAAAUGAAUAUCGUGAUUUUGGAUUGCUUCCGAUCAUGGUCAAAUCAGAAAAAUGUAAUCUCAAACAGAUGAGCCCCGCCAAACUGGUCAGUCAUCAUGAAGAAUCAGAAGAGAUGGGUGGAUACUUUGUCGUGAAUGGUAAUGAGAAGAUCAUUCGAUGUCUAAUCGUCCCAAGAAGAAAUCACGUCAUCUCCCUCAUUCGGCCCUCCUUUGUCAACCGAGGGAACUUUUACACCACUUAUGCUACUCAAAUUCGAUGCGUCCGUCCGGAUCAAACCAGUCAGACCAACACCCUGCACUAUCUAUCUAAUGGGACGAUCACCUUCAGAUUCAGUUGGCGAAAGAGUGAAUUCAUGGUCCCAGUCGUCAUGCUUCUCAAGGCCCUAAUCGGUGCUAGUGAUCAAGAGAUCUUUACGAACCUCGCCCAAAAUGCCUUCGAAGAUACCUUCCGGACGGACCGAAUUGAGCUCAUGCUCCGGAACUUCCAGUACUAUUCACUACCAACCGCUUCGGCCUGCUUGGAUUUCCUCGGAUCGAAAUUUAAAGUUGUACUAGGUUGUCCGGACGAUUGGGGGUCUGAACAAAUCGGACGUUAUUUACUCCAGCGAAUCGUACUGGUUCAUCUCAAAGAUCCAAUCAGCAAAUAUCGCCUACUACUCUUUAUGAUCCAAAAACUAUACGCCUUGGUAGCUGGCGAAUGUUGUGCGGACAAUCCGGAUUCGCCCCAACAUCAAGAAAUUCUUUUACCGGGUCACCUACUCUCAUCGAUCCUCAAGGAACGAUUCGAAGAAUACCUAGGCGGCAUCCAAGCUCAGAUUACUAGCGAAGUCCGUAAAUCUACCACCGGCGUAACAUUUUCUGAUAACAAAUUUGUGACCAAGGCGAUCGGUAAGGUCUACUCUGAUAUCGGUAGACGAGUCACUUUUUUUCUGGCUACCGGUAACUUGGUCUCACCUACUGGACUCGAUCUCCAACAGACUAGUGGAUUCACUAUCAUUGCUGAAAAGCUGAACUUUUAUCGUUACAUAUCUCACUUCAGAUGUGUUCAUCGAGGAGCAUUUUUCGCCGAAUUGAAGACCACCACGGUACGAAAGCUUCUACCCGAGGCUUGGGGCUUUCUAUGUCCUGUCCAUACCCCUGAUGGCUCACCCUGUGGAUUGCUCAACCAUUUUGCGCACAAGUGCAAAAUCCUAACCUCGGCACCUUCGGUCAAGAACAUACCAUCUCUUUUGCUCUCGUUAGGAAUGAGUCAGCCGUUUGAUACCACCAUUCACCCUUCAAAGUUUGUCUCUGUUCAAUUGGACGGUGAGAUCAUUGGGUGGGCCUCUUCAUCACUCUGCUCUAGAAUGGCAACAGCCCUUCGGACUUGGAAGACUGAAGGGCUGGAGAACAUCCCUCUCGAAUUAGAGAUUGGGCUCGUUCCGAGAUCCAAGGGUGGUCAAUAUCCUGGUUUAUUCCUCUUCUCAACACCCGCUCGAAUGAUGCGUCCGGUUCAGCUACUGUCAAAUAAGAAAACAGAUCUGGUGGGAUCGUUCGAACAGGUGUAUAUGGAUAUCGCAUGUUCCCAAGAGGAAAUCGAUCCCGGAUUUAGCACUCAUGUUGAAAUAUCGCCUACCCACGUCUUAUCACUGCUUGCAAACCUCACACCAUUUUCAGAUUUCAACCAAUCCCCUCGAAAUAUGUACCAAUGCCAGAUGAGUAAACAAACCAUGGGUACCCCAUCAGGCGUUAUUCACCACCGAACCGACAACAAGCUUUACCGACUCCAAACUGGCCAAACUCCUAUCGUCCGGCCCGCACUUCAUGAUGUCUACCAAAUGGAUCAUUUCCCCAAUGGGACUAACGCCGUCGUAGCUGUAAUCUCCUACACGGGUUACGACAUGGAAGAUGCAAUGAUCCUGAAUAAGUCUGCACAUGAGAGAGGGUUUGCGCAUGGGAUGGUCUAUAAGUCGAUGAUCGUCGACCUCUCUCCAGAAGGUAGUAGGACAAGUUCCGAGAAACAUUUUGGAAUCGGCAAAUCUUUCGGUGGGUCUGAAAGUAGUGCAUUCAAUAGAAUGUGCGACAAGCUCGACUCCGAUGGAGUCGCUCUCGUCGGUAGUCGUGUUCGGUCCGGGGAUCCUCUCUGCGCUUAUGUUGAUCGGACCACCGGUAAAACUAGCUUUGAGAAAUAUAAGGGUGAUGAGGAAGCUUUUGUGGAGGAAGUUAGGAUGAUCGGUGGGGAUGUACCCUCGAAGGAAUGUACCAAGAUCCAUUUCAAACUCCGAGUCCCCCGUUCGCCAGUGAUCGGAGACAAGUUCUCAUCGAGACACGGGCAGAAGGGGGUCUGUUCACAAAAGUGGCCGUCGAUUGACAUGCCGUUUAGCGAGUCUGGCAUCCAGCCGGACGUGAUCAUCAAUCCUCACGCCUUCCCGUCCCGGAUGACGAUCGGGAUGUUUGUCGAGAGUCUGGCUGGGAAGGCCGGUGCAAUGCAUGGGAUCGCUCAGGACGCCACUCCGUUCCGCUUCAAUGAACAAGACACCCCGUCGGCAUACUUUGGAGAACAGCUCCGAGCAGCGGGCUAUAACUAUCACGGUAACGAGCCGAUGUACAGCGGUAUCACUGGGAAGGAGUUCGAGGCGGACAUCUAUAUCGGCUUGGUCUACUACCAACGACUCCGUCACAUGGUGGGCGAUAAAUGGCAAGUCCGGACGACUGGGAAGGUCGACAAGCUAACGCGCCAACCGGUCAAGGGACGUAAAAGGGGAGGAGGGAUCCGAUUUGGGGAGAUGGAGAGAGACGCGCUGCUUGCCCAUGGGACCUCGUUCCUACUACAAGACCGGCUGAUGAACUGUUCGGAUUACUCGACCGCCUGGAUCUGUAAGCGUUGUGGGCUGUUGAGCUCGUUGGGCUACGACACCAGCGACGACCUCGGGCUCGCCCCCACCAGCCAACAUCAUCAAGCCCACCAGGCCGAACCUAAGUUCUCCUCCUCGGUCAAGAUGCGCGGGCCUCGGGGAGAAUACUGUCGACAGUGCGAACCCGACUUUCCUCUCAAAGCCGCCGAACACGCUCUUCCUAAUACUCAAAACGGGCAAAGCUUGGAAUCUCUCUCCGGUCAAUUAACUAAUCAUAUGGACGUUAUCGCUAUUCCUUACGUUUUUAGGUAUUUGGUUGCUGAACUGAUGGCCAUGGGAAUCAAGAUUGCUCUACAGGCCGAGUGAGCUGGUCGAUCUACUUACUACCCAUUCACAAAGACACCUUACACUACCUUUCUAUAUAUAUUUAUAUCUACAUAUACAUCCUCCAAUCGUGUUCCUUUUUUUUUUCUUUCUUGGUCCACAUCUGUUUCUUCUUGGUCUUUUCUCCUGUCUACUCACAUACCCCCUCCUCAUCACCUUUUUUUCCAAAAAGUCCUUUUAUGACAAAAUUCAAAUCUCAGGAGAAUACAUAAGCAAUUCCAAAAAAAACUGCUACUAAGAUUGUGUAAUCAGCCAAAAACUUGAUGGGUUUUGGGAGAGAGAGGAGAGAGAACAGAGGA